ACUGACGUCAACUGGCUACGGCCUCCAUUUUGCAGUAGUUUUGCAAGCUAGCUGCUCCCUUUCGCGGUGCAGCAUUAGUAAAUAACGUGCUUAAAGGGAUUAUUUCAAGCUGCAGAUAUAUUGUUACGGACAAAACAAUGGCUGACCCAUCAACAGAGAUGGAGGUUCCGGAGGGCGGAGAGAUUCGCAAACUGUCGGAACUGAGAGUUAUCGAUCUGAAGGCCGAGCUGAAGAGACGAAACCUGGACACCACUGGCGUCAAGAGCGUGCUGUCGGAGCGUUUGAAAAAGGCAAUCGAAGAAGAUGGUGGAAAUCCUGAUGAGAUUGUUGUUGCACCGGAGGCAACCCCGAAGAAAGCUACACCUAAACGGGCCGCCAAAGAUACAAGGCAAGACAAUGAUGAACCAGAGGACAGCACUAUCGAGGACGAUUCCCGCGAUGGCCAUGAGGAACUUCAGGAUGAACAUGAGAACAUGCAGGAAAUGGACAUCCUUGACAUGAACAUCCUGGAUGAGACGGAGAACGACAAUGGAAUACCAGCUGAGGACGAUGACGACGACGAAGCUGAGAAUUUUCACAGCGAGGAAGAAGCAGCGAUGAACGAAGAACACGACAACAGGGCUUCCGAGUCGGAAGAUGAAGCAGGAGGUCCAGAGAUGAAGGGGUCCGAGAUGGUAGAUAAAGAUGAAUAUAUGAUGAACUCAUCAAUCAAUAUGGCUCAGGAUCCAGAAGCAGAUGACAUGAGAGAAGAAACAGAAAAUGACAAAGUAGCCGGGUCUUGUUUAUCUGAGCCGCUUAACGAAGAUCACCACCAGAGCCACGAGACGAGCCCUGAAGAAGAGCAAGCCGCAACCGCCGGAGGGGAAGACAAUGUGUCCGACACUGGUGCCAAAAGCGACAAGGCCGCCUCUGGAGAUGUGGAGAGCGACAAGGAUGUCUCAGAGACUGACACCAAAGAGGUUGGGGACGCACAGAACGUCCCAGAAGAGACACUUGACACUGAAAAGAAAAGCUCGCAGGCUGUUAGUGUAAGCGAACAGGGCACCGGGGGCGAAACUGUUGAUUCAGAAAUGGGGUCUAUGAAGGGUGAGGAGGAUGAGAAGACAGAAGAGAAAGCUGCUGCGGAUUCAGCCUCCACAGUGAAAGAGUCCUCUUCUGUAGAGGGCGAUGAUCAGAAAAAGAGUUCUGAGGAAAAAGAUGGCAAGACCGAGUCAAAAGAUGAAAAGGCCGCUGGAAGUGGUGCUGCAGCAAGCAGUAGCAGGAAUCUGUGGGUCAGUGGUCUCUCCUCCACUACAAGAGCGACUGAUCUGAAGACCCUCUUCAGCAAAUAUGGCAAGGUUGUUGGAGCUAAGGUGGUGACCAAUGCUAAGAGUCCCGGUGCUCGCUGCUAUGGCUUUGUCACCAUGUCCUCCACAGAGGAGGCCACCAAGUGUAUCAGCCACCUUCACAGGACUGAGCUGCAUGGCAGGAUGAUCUCUGUGGAGCGGGCUAAAAACGAACCUGCGGGAAAGAAGCCAGCAGACAAGAAUGACACCAAGAAGUCUGGCAGCGACAGGAGACACUCCACUGACUCAAAAUCUGAUGGAAAGGAUGAGAAGUCUGAGGGAGAAGGAAAAGAUGGCAAAGGGCGUAACGAGAGGACUGUAGUUAUGGACAAGUCCAAGGGAGAGCCCGUCAUCAGCGUCAAAACCAAAAGCAAGGAACGAAGCACAAAGAGUCGGGACCGCAAGUCACCCAGUAAGGAGAAGAAAGACAUCCUGUCAUUUGACCAGAUCAAAGAGCAGAGGGAGAGAGAGAGGCAGAGACAACGGGAAAGGGAGAUCAGAGAGGUGGAGAGACGCAGAUACACUGACCGCGACCGUGAUCGUGACAACCGUCCAGACCGUGAGCGCGAGAGAAUCCGUCUGUUCAGGGAGAGAGAGGAGCGGAAACACUUGCUCAGGAAGAGAGACUGGCUGGAGGCUGAGAAGCAGCGCCUCGAUGCAGACCGCUUGGAGCGUCAGUUCCUGGAGCGGGAAAGGGUGCGUAUAGAAUAUGAGAGGCGGCGCGAGCAGGAGAGGAUCCUGAGAGAGCGUGAGGAACUGCGACGACAGCAAGAGCAGCUACGCUAUGAACAGGAGCGACGUCCCAUAAAAAGGCCUUAUGACUUAGACGGCAGGAAAGAUGACUGGCCUGAUAAGCGCAUGGCCAUGGAUGACCGAUAUGGCCGUUCAGACUUCGGUCGACAGGAACGUUACCAGGACUUUGACCACAGGGACCGGGGACGUUACCAAGACGACAUGUUGAUGGACAGGCGAGACAACGCUCGAGGCAUUGGCGCAGACAGAGAUGGCCAGCAUUUUUCUGACAGGUCAGACAGACACGGCAGAGAUGGCCGAGACUCGUGGGCUGGAGGCUACGACAAGCGCAUCAACCCCAGGGAAGGAGGUCGAGACUGGGACUCUGGCCGGAAGAUGGAUGGAGACAGAGCAUGGCAAAGUAGAGACGGUGCUAUACCAGGCCAGAGCCACAUAGCACGUGGAGGAAUGGCAGGCCGUGGAGGUUACAUGAACACAGGAACAUCUCAGUCUCUCUCCGGAGCUCUUAACAGACAGAACCAGCUGAUGCAGGGCGGCGGGCUGCAAGGUGGAGCCUUUGGUCGACGCUACUGAUGUUUCUGUCUAUAGACAACACUGGGACUGUUUGAGGAGGUCACAUCAGGAAGGGUGUGACCAUCUUGUUUUGUACAAAAAAAACAAAUCUUAUCAGGAAUUCUUUUUUCGCACAAUUCCUAUCCAUUUUUGCAAUUCUUAUGGAGACCCUUGUUUUCCUGGUCACUUCUCCUUUUUUGUGAUAUAGUGAUCACCUGUCUUGUGUUUCUCACUCAGUCCUACCUGCCUUGCCUGUAUAACACGACUGUCUGCUUACAAGAAUGUGUUGUAUAUGCGGGCUGACCUGUGAUGGAGUCACAUCAGAGCUUUGUGCUGUAAUUUCAAAUGUUUUAUAGACACCUGGAUGGACCUAACCUCACCAGUCUCCUUGCUGUAUCCCAGUCUGUGUCUGAACAUUUUGGAAGUUCUCCACUCUGUAAUGUAUGUAAGCCCCUCGUUGGCCAGUCAGAUGUUCGACGGAGCAGAGAUCUUUCAUCUGCUUCUUGUAAUUAAUUUGUUAUGAGUUUCAGGCUACUUUUUUGACGUUAUUCUCUUGGAAACACGGAUGGUUGGUGAAAUUUCCCUGCCGAAGGAAAGGUUUUUAAAUUAAAUGUUACAUUCUGAUAACCCAUGCUUGUAAGACCUUUUUUUAGUAUUUCAAACCAAACUCUUUUGUACAUAGUAGUGCUUUGAUUUGUGUGAAUGUUAGAUUAUGGUAAAUGCGCCAGGAAUCUGUUGACUAAGAUCUUGUAACUCAAAUGUGUUUUUAGGUUUGUUCAUAAAAUGGUUUUAUUUUGUCCUCA